GGCCCGGUCACUGGCCCCGUGACGUCCCAGCACCAUGGCGUCGGAUGGAGGAGGCAGGGGGUCGGAGCUGAAGAGGAAAAAGCGCCGGGAGUUGGAAGAGGCCGCGGCCGGGGGAGAAGAGCCGCCUCUAGUAGUGGCAGUGGCCCGAGAGAAGGAAGAAGAGGAUGAAGAGCGGUGGGUCGGGCCUCUGCCUGUGGAGGCAGUCCAGGCUAAGAAGCGCAAAGUUCUUGAAUUUGAACGAGUAUACCUUGAAAAUCUUCCCAGUGCUUCCAUGUAUGAACGCAGUUACAUGCAUAGAGAUGUUAUUACACAUGUCGUAUGCACCAAGACUGAUUUUAUUAUUACUGCUAGUCAUGAUGGACAUGUCAAAUUCUGGAAGAAAGUAGAAGAAGGAAUUGAAUUUGUUAAACAUUUUCGUAGUCAUCUGGGAAUCAUUGAGGGUAUUGCCGUCAGCUCUGAAGGAGCCUUAUUCUGUUCUGUGGGUGAUGACAAAGCAAUGAAGGUAUUUGAUGUGGUGAAUUUUGACAUGAUCAACAUGCUGAAGCUUGGCUAUUUUCCUGGACAGUGUGAAUGGAUUUAUUGCCCAGGGGAUGCCAUAUCUUCUGUUGCUGCUUCUGAAAAGAGCACAGGAAAAAUAUUCAUCUAUGAUGGUCGAGGAGAUAAUAAACCACUUCAUAUUUUUGACAAGCUCCAUACAUCACCCCUUACUCAGAUACGGCUAAAUCCAGUUUACAAAGCUGUUGUGUCUUCUGAUAAAUCUGGAAUGAUUGAAUAUUGGACUGGACCUCCUCAUGAAUAUAAAUUCCCAAAAAAUGUGAAUUGGGAGUAUAAAACUGACACAGACUUAUAUGAAUUUGCAAAAUGUAAGGCUUUUCCUACUAGCAUAUGUUUCUCACCUGAUGGAAAGAAGAUAGCUACUAUUGGUUCAGAUAGAAAAGUUAGGAUUUUCAGGUUUUUGACUGGGAAACUCAUGAGAGUCUUUGAUGAAUCACUAAGUAUGUUUACUGAGCUACAGCAGAUGAGACAACAACUACCAGACAUGGAAUUUGGACGGCGGAUGGCUGUGGAGCGUGAGUUGGAGAAGGUGGAUGCAGUGAGGCUAAUUAAUAUAAUUUUUGAUGAAACUGGACACUUUGUGCUGUAUGGAACAAUGCUGGGCAUUAAAGUCAUAAAUGUAGAAACAAAUCGGUGUGUGCGUAUACUUGGCAAGCAAGAAAAUAUUAGGGUGAUGCAAUUGGCUUUGUUCCAAGGGGUAGCCAAGAAGCAUCUCUCUGCAACUACUAUAGAGAUGAAAGCAUCUGAAAACCCUGUUCUUCAGAAUAUCCAAGCUGACCCAACAAUAAUUUGUACAUCUUUCAAAAAGAAUAGGUUUUAUAUGUUCACCAAACGAGAACCAGAAGAUACAAAAAGUGCAGAUUCUGACCGAGAUGUGUUUAAUGAGAAACCAUCCAAAGAAGAGGUGAUGGCAGCCACACAAGCUGAAGGACCCAAACGCGUUUCUGAUAGUGCCAUUAUCCAUACAAGUAUGGGAGACAUUCACAUCAAGCUUUUCCCUGUUGAAUGUCCAAAAACAGUUGAAAACUUCUGUGUUCACAGCAGAAAUGGUUAUUACAAUGGGCAUACAUUUCACCGUAUUAUCAAGGGUUUUAUGAUUCAGACUGGUGAUCCAACAGGUACAGGUAUGGGAGGUGAAAGCAUAUGGGGAGGAGAAUUUGAAGAUGAAUUUCAUUCAACAUUAAGACAUGAUAGACCAUAUACACUCAGUAUGGCUAAUGCAGGUGCCAAUACUAAUGGAUCCCAAUUCUUCGUAACAGUAGUGCCAACAGUCUCUGGAACAUUCUCUGACCAGUGCUACUGGGCCAACACCAACAACAUUUGUUUAAAGAGCAUGAGAGCCACAGGUCUACAGUUACAUGUAGUCUCUGGGGUACAUAUACGUCUUGAUUAUUAUCAUCAAGCAUACCACAAUUGCCCAAGAAGCCAGGAGGCAAUAGCAGUGUUUCCCUUCCCAGCCGUACCACCAGUCAUCUUUGUGGAGAUGAAACCUGGAAUCUGCCCUUAGGUAUCUGGUGGUCCCUAGCAGCUCCACCAACUGAAGAUGAAGGGAAAAAAAUCUCUUGACACCAUCAAAUGGUUCAACAUCAGAAAUGGACAUGCAUUACCAUCUGCAUUGCCGCUGCAUCCUAAGGACCACUGAGCUUUUCUAUCUGGUUUGCAGCUAAAACCUGUAUGUGCCACCUCCCCUGUUGGUAAUACUUUUUUUAUAAGUUGAAUUCCACAUUCCAGCUCAGCAACCAUAAACAAAUCACAGAUUUUCUGAUGUAAGCCUCCUUGUCUAAAAAUAGGGAUAAUGAUUAUCAUUAGAAACUUACUAAAUUGCCCUUGGGACCAAAUUAGAACAUACAUUAAGUGUCUAGUGAACACUAAAGUCCUAUACAAAUGUCACCUAAUAUUUUGUACCAAGGGAAAACUAGAGUAUCUGAGAAAGGGGAAAAAAGGGAAUAGUUUGAAAAAUUAGUUUAUUAAAUAGGCCAAGAAUGAUUAAAGAAACAAAGGGGAAUGUAAAUCUACAACAUGACAAUUUCUCAGAGAAAACUAGGAAGACUUGUACAAACUGGUGAAGAUUUGAAGUAAGCAGCAUUAGGAAAAUGAUUUAUACAAUAACAACAUUGCAGAGACAAUGUAGAAAGACAGAAGAAUUCUGAUCAAUACAAAUAAAUGACUAAUCAUGACUGCAGAGGAACUUUGAUGAAAUGUACUCCAGAGAUAAAGAAACACCUCCAGAGAGAAACGAUGGGAUCAAGAUGGAGAAUGAGAUGUAUGUUUUUGGACUUGGCCAGUGCAGGAAUUUGUUUACUUGACUAUGCCUAUUUGCUUAAAAAGAUUUUUCUCUUUUAUUUUUUUUUAAUUGAGGGUAGCUGAAGAGGUAGA